AAAACAAAAACCGACAACCUCUCAGCACAAACGACGCGUUUCGCGGCCCAGGAGAGGUCUCGUGAGCAGACCGGGCCCGUCCCUCACCCCGCGUGCGGCUCUGAGGAAAUGACAGCGAACGCCGUGCGAGGAGCGAGAGGAGGAGGAGGAGGAAAACAAAAACCGACAACCUCUCAGCACAAACGACGCGUUUCGCGGCCCAGGAGAGGUCUCGUGAGCAGACCGGGCCCGUCCCUCACCUCGCGUGCGGCUCUGAGGAAAUGACAGCGAACGCCGUGCGAGGAGCGAGAGGGGGAGGAGGAAAACAAAAACCGACAACCUCUCAGCACAAACGACGCGUUUCGCGGCCCAGGAGAGGUCUCGUGAGCAGACCGGGCCCGUCCCUCACCCCGCGUGCGGCUCUGAGGAAAUGACAGCGAACGCCGUGCGAGGAGCGAGAGGAGGAGGAGGAUGAAAACACAAACCGACAACCUCUCAGCACACACGACGCGUUUCGCGGCCCAGGAGAGGUCUCGUGAGCAGACCGGGCCCGUCCCUCACCCCGCGUGCGGCUCUGAGGAAAUGACAGCGAACGCCGUGCGAGGAGCGAGAGGAGGAGGAGGAGGAAAACAAAAACCGACAACCUCUCAGCACACACGACGCGUUUCGCGGCCCAGGAGAGGUCUCGUGAGCAGACCGGGGCCCGUCCCUCGCCCCGCGGCUCCGACUCCGAGCAGGAGAGUGAAGAGCCUCGGGCCGAGGAAAUGACAGCGAACGCCGUGGGCGGAACGACAGGUGAGUAUCAGCGCCGACGCGUUUCGCGACCUAGGAGGUCUCGGAGAGGACCGGGGUCACCCUCUGGCUCUGACUCCGAGACCUCCUAGGCCGCGAGACGCCCGCCGUGCGCGGAGCGAGAGGAGGAGGAGGAGGAGGAGGAAAACAAAAACCGACAACCUCUCAGCACAAACGACGCGUUUCGCGGCCCAGGAGAGGUCUCGUGAGCAGACCGGGCCCGUCCCUCGCCCGCGGCUCCGACUCCGAGCAGGAGAGUGAAGAGCCGCGGGCCGAGGAAAUGACAGCGAACGCCGUGCGAGGAGCGACAGGUGAGUAGGCAGCGAGAGGUGAGAGGCGCCACAAAAAAAAAAUCAAACAAUGAAAUCGCUAAACGGUUUUUCAAAAAUGUUUGUAAUAAAUGAAUACAGUUCUUUUUUGUCGUUGCCUCUUUUCUUUUGGAGGGGAUGUGAACGCACGCACGCACACGCACACACGCACACACACAGAGAGAGAGGAAAAAAUACAGAGAUACAAUGGAGCACAGGCGGCACAUGAGAGCCACAGAACGUUCCAGAAAGUCCAGGAAGAUUCUAGCUUGCUUCAUGACAGCUUGCCAAUUUUGGGAGCCUGAGGUAACACAAGGGCGUGGAUGAGCCACACAGAAGUUCCAGAAAGUCCAGGAACAUUCUGGCUUGGUACUUGGCAGCAUCAGGAGGAAGAAAGGGCAGAGCGAACCGUGUGCAAGGAACGACAGGUGAGUAAGCACGCAAGAAGAGGAGGACAGAGAGAGGUGAGAGGCGCCACAAAAAAAAAACAAAUCAAACAAUAAAAUCGCUAAACAGUUUUUCAAAAAUGUUUGUAAUAAAUAAAAUACAGUUCUUUUUUUUUUUUGUCUUUGCCUCUUUUCUUUUGGAGGGGAUGGGAUGAACACGCGCACACACACGCACACACGCACACACACAGAAAGAGGGAGAGGAAAAAAUACAGAGAUACAAUGGAGCACAGGCGGCACAUGAGAGCCACAGAACGUUCCAGAAAGUCCAGGAAGAUUCUAGCUUGCUUCAUGACAGCUUGCCAAUUUUGGGAGCCUGAGGUAACACAAGGGCGUGGAUGAGCCACACAGAAGUUCCAGAAAGUCCAGGAACAUUCUGGCUUGGUACUUGGCAGCAUCAGGAGGAAGAAAGGGUAGAGCGAACCGUGUGCAAGGAACGACAGGUGAGUAAGCACGCAAGAAGAGGAGGACAGAGAGAGGCGAGAGGCGCCACAAAAAAAAACAAAUCAAACAAUAAAAUCGCUAAACAGUUUUUCAAAAAUGUUUGUAAUAAAUAAAAUACAGUUCUUUUUUUUUGUCUUUGCCUCUUUUCUUUUGGAGGGGAUGGGAUGAACACACGCACACACGCGCACACGCGCACACACGCACACACGCACACACACACACACACACACACACACACACACACACACACACACACACACACACACACACACACACACACACACACAGAGAGAUACAAUGGAGCCCGUGCAAAGCACACAGGUACGGGAGCCACAGAAUGUUCCAGAAAGUCCAGGAACAAUCUAGCUUGUUUCAUGGCAGCUUGCCAAAUUUCCUUUGGAACUGAGAAAAGAUGAAAGGGAGCCUGUGCAAGGAACCACAAGGGCAGAGAUGAGUCGCAGAAUGUCCCAGAAAGUCCAGGAACAUCCUAGCUUUUCUUGGCAGCUGGCCAAAGUCCUUUUGGGCCCAAUGCAACAAACACACGGGUACAUGGGAGCCACAGAAUGUUCCAGAAAGUCCAGGAAGAUUCCAGCUUGUUCCUUGGCGGCUUGCCAACUGUCCUUUGGAACUGGGAAAAGAUGAAAUGGAGCCUGUGCGAGGAAACACAAGGACAGAAAUGAGCCGCAGAAUGUUCCAGAAAGUCCAGGAACAUUCUGGCUUGGUACUUGGCAGCAUAAGGAGGAAGGGCAGAGCGAACGCGUGCAAAGCACGACACGUGCGUACAGAGCAAGAAGAGUAGGACAGCGAACGGCUGCCGCAAAAAAAAAAAACAACCUCUCAGCCAUGAGACGUUUCGCUGCCAAAAAGGUAGCUGUCGUGGAAUGGAUGGGGAGGGUAAACUAAGACACGUAUUAAAUAUAUCACCCCUUUCACCACACCGAGGUCACACGGUAAGCCCUCACACGGUAAGCCCACAGCAAAAACAACCAUGACGGCGCGACGACGUUUCGCCGCUCAAAGGUUCAUGCAACAGCUUUUUUCCAGCUUGCCGUGUGAAGAAUGCGAAGAUUACGAAGAUGAAGCGAUACAAGAAGACGAACAGGAAGAAAGGUUCAUGCAACAGCUUAUUUCCAGCUUGCCGGGUGAAGAAGAUAACGAAGAUGAAGCGAUAAGAGAAGAAGAGGACGAAGAGGGUCGGGGGCGAGGGAACGGGAGAAGAGGGUGGCGAAGGAAGGAAGAGGAGCGGAAUCGAGAGCGCGAAGAGAGCAUUUCGCGACGGCGAGAGCGAGAGCGAGAGGACAGGAGGACGAGGCAGCUGAGACGGCAGCGGGAAAAGAGCGAUCGGGAGCGAGAGGAGAGGGGACGGCGAACGAAGGAAGAGGAGAGGAAUCGAGAGGAGAGCGUUUCGCGACGGCGAGAGGACAGGAGGACGAGGCAGCCGGGAGGGCAGCGGGAAAAGAGCGGUCGGGAGCGAGAGGAGAGGAGAAGGGGACGGGGAAGGAAGGAAGAGGAGAGGAAUCGAGAGGAGAGCGUUUCGCGACGACGAGAGGACAGGAGGACGAGGCAGCCGGGAGGGCAGCGGGAGAAGAGCGGUCGGGAGCGAGAAGAAAGGAGAACGGGGUGGAGAAGGAAGGAAGAGCAGAGGAAUCGAGAGCGAGAGGAAAGCAUUUCAAGACGGCGAGAGCGAGAACGAGAUGAAAGGGGGACGAGGCAGCUGCGACGGCAGCGGGAGAGGAGCUAUCGGGAGCGAGAGGAGAGAAGAGAGGAGGAGGAGGAUGAGGACGAACAGGAGGAGAACACGAGGUUCGUCGCCAGAAAAGUUCUUCAAGAGACCCGGUCCCACAAACCUCGCUCGGACCCCGAGGAGGAGGAUGACGAUGAGGAAAGGCGACAGCAGUGUCAAGAACGAGAGGAGGAUGAGCAGGAGAACGUAAGCCGGCCGGUCACCGAAGAAGAAGAAGAAGAAGAAGAAGAAGAAGAAGAAGAAGAAGAAGAAGAAGAAGAAGGAGAUGAAGAAGAAGGAGAAGGAGAAGACACCCAACCAGAGCAAGAAAAUGUAAUAUCAUUCUUAGAAGACGAAGAAGAAGACCCACCAGAGCAGAAAAAUGCAUCCUCAUCUUCAGAAGAAGAAGAAGAAGAAGAAGAAGAAGAAGAAGAAGACCCACCAGAGCAGACAAAUGCAACCUCAGAAGAAGAAGAAGAAGAAGAAGAAGAAGAAGAAGAAGAACAAGAACAAGAACAAGAACAAGAACAAGAAGAACAAGAAGAAGAUAUCCGUCUUGUUGCACGAGAGACGUUCCUGUCGAGAAACGGGAAAAUAACUUGGUCCUCUACACCGUACCAAACGACGGGGCAGCGGCAGCAGCAGCAGCAGCAGCCCUGGCCGCCUGGACCCACGGCCUACGCGGCUUCCAACGCCCGAGACAUCGUCUCGACAUUCUUCCUCUUCCUCACGCGGGAAAUAGACGAAAUCAUUCUGGAGGAGACUAAUCGCGAGGGUCUUAGGAAAUACGGAAGAGACGGUUGGAAGCGGAUGGACGAGAUUGACCUGCACGCCUACAUGGGGCUGCUCAUCCUAGCCGGCGUGUACAGGUCCCGAGGCGAGGCCACCGCCAGCCUGUGGGAUGCGGAGAGCGGACGUGCGAUUUUCCGUGCCACGAUGUCCCUCAAAGUCUUUCACGUUUACUCGAAGCUGGUGCGGUUUGACGACCGUGAGACGAGAGCGGAGAGACGAGCCUCGGACAAGCUGGCGGCCGUGAGAAAGGUCUGGGACGCGUGGGUCAAACGGCUACCGAUCCUGUACAACCCCGGGCCUCACGUCACGGUGGAUGAGCAACUGGUUCCGUUCAGAGGUCGUUGUCCCUUUCGACAGUAUAUGCCCAGCAAGCCUGCCAGGUACGGGAUCAAGUCGUGGGUGGCCUGCGAUGCCAGAUCCAGCUACGCUUGGAAAAUGCAAGUUUACACGGGGAAGAAGCCCGCAGCAGCGGCCGCCGCCGCAGAGGGUGAGAAGCGACAACAGGGACGACGACUAGGAGGCUCGGAGAAGAACCUGGCAGCCCGCGUGGUGCUCGACAUGACGGAGGGCCUGACGGGCCGUAACGUCACCUGCGACAAUUUCUUCACUUCCUACGAACUCGCGCAGCAGCUCCUCCGCGAUAGGAACAACACCAUGCUCGGCACGAUCAGAAAGAACAAACCCGAGCUCCCGACCGCCCUGCUCGCGGUCCGAGGCAGACGGGUCCUCUCCUCCAAGUUCGCCUUCACGCGCGACACCGCGCUGGUCUCCUACCUGGCCAAGAAAAACAAGAACGUGCUGCUGCUCAGCACGUUCCACGCACGGGACGCGGACGCCGUCGGCCGGCGGCGUGCGGACAAUAAGCCCGCCGUCGUCCUGGACUACAACUCCAACAAAGGCGGCGUGGACAACCUGGACAAAGUCGUAGGCGCAUACAGCUGCAGGAGGAUGACGGCGCGCUGGCCCCUCGCCGUCUUCCACAACAUUCUCGACGUGUCCUCCUACGACGCCUUCGUGAUAUGGAGAGAGCUCAACCCGGACUGGUUGCCCGGCAGGCGCAACAAGAGGAGGGUGUUUCUCGAGCGCCUGGGAAAGGCGCUCGUCGCUCCGCUCAUCCAACGGAGGGCUCGCCUGCCGAGCGCAGAAGCGGCCGCGGCGGUCGUGAAAGCCCAUCGGCUGGCGGCCGCGGGGGGUGUCGACAGGGACGGCGGCGGGGGAGUCGCUUCUCCUCCUCCUCCUCCUCCUCCUCCUCCUCCUCCUCCUCCUCCUCCUCCUCCUCCUCCUUCUUCUUCUUCCCCUUCUCUCCGUCCUCGGACGGAUCUCGUCUCGGCGCCGGGCCCUUCGUCGGGGGCUGAGCCUUCUGCUGCGGCCCAGGCCCGGGCCCCCACUUCCAAGGCUCGUAUCGAACCGCCCAUGCCCGCGAGUAAGAGAAAGAGGUGUCAAGUCUGUCCCUCCAGUAAGGACUGUAAAACGCACAACAUGUGCCGCGGCUGCGAGAAAUACAUAUGCAGAGGCUGCGCGCUCCUGUACUGCGCCGCGUGUGCCAACUCCUCCUGCUCGUCCUUGGAGCGUGGGUCACUUUGACCCGGCGGAAAGGACGCUGGGCGCAUACGCAAUACGAAGGACAACACGAGGGUUAACAUUCCGGAACCCAUCAAAAUUCCGGAAUGCGUCCACAAUUGGGAAUACAUCAACAUUCUAGAAUCCACCAACAUUCCGGAACCCAUCAACAUUCCGUAAUGCGUCCACGUUCGGGAAAACAUCAACAUUCUAGAAUCCAUCAACAUUCCGGAAUCCAUCAACAUUCUGGAAUACAUCAACAUUCCGGAACCCAUCAACAUUCCAGAAGGCGUCCACAUUCGGAAUAUAUCCACAUUCUAGAACCCAUCAACAUUCCGGAAUCCAUCAACAUUCUGGAAUACACCAACAUUCCGGAACCCAUCAACAUUCCGGAAUGCGUCCACAUUUGGGAAUACAUGAACAUUCUAGAAU